AUGAGGGCGGCGAGUGGGGAGCAGCUGGCGGUGACGGCUGAGGAGGCGGGCAGCGAUGUCCGCGGCGAGGCGGCGGGAGGCGGGCAGCCCUGGAAGAAAUUUUUAUAUGUUGAGCCAUCUAGGAGAGUUAAAGAAAUACUUGAAGAAGAGCUUUAUUUUCGGAAAGAAGCAUGCCACGUUAAACAUCCAGCUGCAGUGGCUCUGGAAGGAAUUUGGAGUGUGAAAAAGAAUUUCUCCAUUGGAAACCUGAAAACAGUGUCACAGAACAGAAAUGGUUUUCUUUUACGCCCUCAAUUCUACUCAAGGCAUGCAGGAAUGAAAAAUUGAUGAACUUUAGUGCUGUGAAGACCUGAGCCUGUUGUGAUGUGUCAAAUCGAACAUCAAAAUGACUAGCUGCCUUUAGAAAUGUAGAUCGGUAUUUCUAAGACUUUGAAGAAAGUUCUGCUUGGAUAGGGAGCUGUUUCCUGUGUUGUUGUUUUAUUCAUAUCCUCGUACUGCUUUUUUAUCAGAUGUUGUAGUAGCCAAAUCUGAUCCAUAUUUCAGCCAGUGAUGAAGAUGUCACAAUCCAAAGAUAAGAAAGUGUUCUUGCUGACAAAAAUGUGCUACUGUGAAACUCGACAUUUUCAUAGGCUUCUCUGUUGCAAAGUGAUUCUAAGUUCCAGCAGAAGAUUGUAAUGUAAUUGAAGGGAUGCCUUAAAAUGCCUUAGGCUGAGGCCAUUCAUUAAACUGAGCAGUUCAUAAGCCAAGAGUUUGUGAUUUGAUAUCUAGCCUGAUUUAGUAAAAGUUUAACAUAAAUAAUCCUCUCUCUCUAUAUAAGAGUUAUAGUGUCAAAGAACCACAGAGGCAGCAUGGAACCUGAAAUAACCUGUCACUAAACUCUCACUCUUAACCAUUAGUACAGUGAGGUAAUACCUUGUUUGGUAUUACGAUCACUAGUUUGUUUUGUAUUAUCACACCACUUAGGAAACAAAUGUGGAUCCUUCUAGGUACUGCAUAAAACCAGAACAAAAGAUAGCUUUGAAACGUCAUGGAUGAUUGGAGGAGGUACCAGAGACAGGAGUGACAUUUGCAGCUACAGAGUAGCUUCAGUGCUCUGGUAGCAGACGAGGGCCUGGAAGCUCUUUCCAGCAAAGCAUCUGAGCUGGCUGAGCCUCAGCCAUGCAGGAGGAAGUGAAGAGUGAUAGUAG